AUGAGAUCUUUCUUAUCUUUCCUUCACCUUACUCUUUUGGCUGUUGAGAAACUGUGGACAUUUGAGGAAUAAAUAAUAUUGAGAAUGUGACAGAAGGACAUGAAUGGAAGGCGGUUAAAAAUAAACCAGGAGGUGGGAGAAGGGAGGUGCAGAUGCUACGCGGCGCUCCAGGGGCAACCCAGGGGAUGGGGCGAGUGCGCCCUGCUUAAUGUGCCAGAGCGGGAACCCAGGUCUGGAGGCUAGGGCGCAAUUAAAGAUGUCGUUCCCCCAACGAGGUGGGGUUUAGAUUCAGCAUCAUUUUCGUUUUGCCUGAUCCCAGCCUCACCGUUCCUCUCCUUUGCGAACAGCUGAUGAGCCGGUGAAGUGCUUCUUGUGAAUGAUUCUAGCCAAAGGAUGCUCUUCAUUUCCUGCUUUCUAUGGAGACCUCAGUGUUGAGUUUGCCUCUGCUGGAACUGCGUCUACCACCUUCUCUACCUUCCAAGGUCUUUGCCUCUAUCUACAACCUGGCAUUGUCUGUGGGUCCAUGAAGGCUUGGAUGACCUUAGAGGGAAGGUCUGGGAGUCCACCCUCAUAGACUAAGCAGCAAUGGCUGGGCAUAUUUUAAGCCGCAUUUUAACAUGGGUCAAGCCAUCAGUAGAAGGCAAGUGCUAAGACUAAAGACUUAUUUGAAUUUUAUUUAAAUUAGAUGGACUGGGCCUUGGCCAAUUUCCAUGCAAGAAAAAGUAUAUUUCAUUUUCUAGGCACAACUUCUGAGUGUCAGAUACUUGCUGUCUUUGAGUCUUGUGGCGUCAUCACCGGACAGCAUCCCAGACAGACUUCCAGAUUUGAACAUCUACCCCCCAACACGUAGGUGUAUGGGAGACCACAUCAUUUCAUGACUUAUGUUUGAGGAACACUAGGCUGUUGUCUAGACGAGGCAAGCUCUGGAAAGCAACGCCGAGUCUCUGAGAAGAGGGAGCAUAGGCUGUGCUGAUUUAAAAACAGAAAAUGCAAAGUUGGACUGAAAAUAUCCCACGUCUUCUAAGCAAUCUGCUUAAGGCUUCCAAACUUACCUUAAUUUGGUAAGAAAAUAAGCUGCCCUAUUUUUCUUUCUUCUUCUCUUACAACUGGAAGCAGCCAUUUCCCCAAACCACCACCAUGGAAGUGGCGAUGGUGAGUGCCGAGAGCUCAGGGUGCAACAGCCAUAUGCCUUAUGGUUAUGCAGCCCAGGCCAGGGCCCGAGAGCGGGAGAGACUCGCUCACUCCAGGGCAGCUGCAGCUGCUGCUGUCGCAGCUGCCACGGCUGCUGUCGAAGGCACUGGGGGUUCUGGUGGAGGCCCCCACCACCAUCAUCAGACACGUGGGGCCUACUCCUCCCAUGAUCCUCAAGGUAGCCGUGGAAGUAGAAGGAGGAGGCGUCAGCGAACUGAGAAGAAGAAACUCCACCACAGGCAGAGCAGUUUUCCUCAUUGCUCAGACCUGAUGCCCAGUGGCUCUGAAGAGAAGAUCCUGAGGGAGCUAAGCGAGGAAGAGGAAGACGAGGAGGAGGAAGAGGAGGAGGAGGAGGAGGGAAGGUUUUACUAUAGUGAAGAAGACCAUGGGGAUGGGUGUUCGUACACAGACCUGCUGCCACAGGAUGAUGGGGGUGGUGGCGGCUACAGUUCAGUCCGCUAUAGUGACUGCUGUGAACGUGUGGUGAUAAAUGUGUCUGGUCUACGCUUCGAAACCCAAAUGAAAACUUUGGCCCAGUUUCCAGAAACUCUGUUGGGAGACCCUGAGAAGAGGACUCAGUACUUCGACCCUUUGCGCAAUGAGUAUUUUUUUGAUCGGAACCGACCCAGCUUUGAUGCCAUUUUGUAUUAUUACCAGUCAGGAGGCCGCCUGAAGAGACCAGUCAAUGUCCCCUUUGAUAUCUUCACCGAGGAGGUGAAGUUCUAUCAGUUGGGAGAGGAAGCCCUGCUCAAGUUCCGGGAGGAUGAGGGCUUUGUGAGAGAAGAGGAGGACAGGGCUCUGCCAGAAAAUGAAUUUAAAAAACAGAUUUGGCUUCUCUUUGAAUAUCCAGAGAGUUCUAGCCCUGCCAGGGGUAUAGCCAUUGUGUCUGUCCUGGUCAUCUUAAUCUCUAUUGUCAUAUUUUGCCUGGAAACCUUGCCGGAGUUCAGGGAUGAUAGGGACCUUAUUAUGGCCCUCAGUGCAGGCGGGCACAGCAGAUUGCUGAAUGACACCUCGGCACCCCACCUGGAGAACUCAGGGCACACAAUAUUCAAUGACCCUUUCUUCAUCGUGGAGACAGUGUGUAUUGUGUGGUUUUCCUUUGAGUUUGUGGUUCGAUGCUUUGCUUGUCCCAGCCAAGCACUCUUCUUCAAAAACAUCAUGAACAUCAUUGAUAUCGUCUCCAUUUUGCCUUACUUCAUCACUCUGGGCACUGACCUGGCCCAACAGCAGGGGGGUGGCAAUGGCCAGCAGCAGCAGGCCAUGUCCUUUGCCAUCCUUAGGAUCAUUCGUCUGGUCCGAGUAUUCCGGAUCUUCAAGCUCUCCAGACACUCCAAAGGCCUGCAGAUCCUGGGCCACACCCUAAGAGCCAGCAUGCGGGAACUGGGCCUUCUUAUCUUUUUCCUCUUCAUCGGGGUUAUCCUCUUUUCCAGCGCUGUGUAUUUUGCAGAGGCGGAUGAACCCACUACCCAUUUCCAAAGCAUUCCAGAUGCGUUUUGGUGGGCUGUGGUAACCAUGACAACUGUGGGCUAUGGGGACAUGAAGCCCAUCACAGUCGGGGGAAAGAUUGUGGGGUCCCUGUGUGCCAUUGCGGGUGUCUUAACCAUUGCUUUGCCUGUGCCGGUGAUUGUGUCUAACUUUAACUAUUUCUACCACAGAGAGACUGAAAAUGAAGAACAGACCCAGCUGACACAAAACGCAGUCAGUUGUCCAUACCUACCUUCUAAUUUGCUCAAGAAAUUUCGGAGCUCCACUUCUUCUUCCCUGGGGGACAAGUCAGAGUAUCUAGAGAUGGAAGAAGGGGUCAAGGAAUCAUUAUGUGGAAAGGAGGAGAAGUGUCAGGGAAAGGGAGAUGAGAGCGAGACAGAUAAAAACAACUGUUCUAAUGCAAAGGCUGUGGAGACUGAUGUGUGAAUUGUUCUCUCCACCUGCCACUGUCCCCCCAUCUCCAAAUAUAUUCAUACAUAGAGAAUGCAGUUAUGAAAAUGAGAUAUGCAAACGAUUGCACUGCAUACAGUAAUAUGCUGUUUAAUGGUAAUACAUGGCAUAAUUGUGACUAAACGUGUAUUGCAUAUCAAAUAAAUGAUACAUCUUGGAGAAGAGGGAGGCAUUAAAAACAGCAGAUCUAUCUUUAUAUUUUUUAAUAGAAUGCAAGAAUUUUGCACAUAAUGGGAAAAAUGUUAAUAGUAAAGGUGGUUCUGAGGAGAGUGAGUGUGUGUGUGUGAGAGAGCGAGAGAGUGUGUGUACCUGGGUAUGUAAGUAAAUUGUCAACACUGUUGGGAAUUGUGCCGUGAUGGAAAAAGUUGGCAUUCUGAAGUAUUUACUAUGUAAGAACUAAUGAAUUUGAGCAGUCUUUUACCAGUGUUUUAAUAACAUCUCCUAUGUCUUUGGAUUCUGUAGUUGUUUUUUAGAAAUUAUAAGAAUUACUGUGUAGAAAAAAGAGAAAGUAAAUUAUUUAAUAGAAUAUAGGUCACAAUUUAAUCUUGGAUUUAAUUAAAGUUUAUUUUUAACUGGAAAUUAACUUUUGAAAAGGCUGCAGGGGCCUUUAGAAAUUGAUUAUAUUUUAUUAUUAAUUUUGGGGAGAUAUAAUAGCAAAUGCCUAACAUUCUGGAGGAAAUGUAACAAGUUUUGUUCACAGGUCUUAAAACUGGAUUUUUUUUUCUUUUGCACUACUUUCUAUGCCGAAGCCCGAGAGAGACUUCAUACUAUGAAUGUUUACUAAUGCACCAAUCAGUUCAAUGACAAUCAUUGGAAGAAUGGGUUCUUCGUCUCAUUUAUUGUUCUCUUCCUUUCGUGAGACUAAUGGCCACACAAAUAACAGCACAUGAUUCCUGCUUUAAAAUCCGAACAACUCAUCUACAAAGGGACUAUGAAGUAACGUUCAGCAGCCGAAUCUUUUGAAAUUGGUUUGUUACGAUGAUGCUUCAGAAACCAUACUAUUUUCAAUACUCUUCUGCCUUUUAAGUCCAGAAUAAUUUAACCAAAGUUAUUGCAUGCACAGAGAGAAUUCUUGGAGAAAUAAGGCACCCAGCAGCUACAGCAAUUAUGGCUUAAGAUCUUUUUAUUAAAUAUGCAACAAAAUGCUAGAUUUAAGUCCCUUUUGUGUAUGUGUGUGUGUGUCUGUGUGUGUCUGUGUGUGCAGCUGCAAAAACAAAACAGAACACGAAAUGUGGGGAUUCGCCUCAAAUGCUAAAGCACUCUGCUAAAUCAGAGUUAGGGAAGAAUGGUUUUAGAGCAUUUGGUUUCCCAAUGGUCAUUGUAAAUCAUUAUCAUCUUUAUCACAGGGGCUUCCUGAGGAUUAUACUUCCAUUUACCUCACAAUAGCUAUUCUUGAGUUUGGAGUAGGAACAAGGAAUGCACCACGAACAACUGUAGCACCAUAAAAUACAGCUCAGAACACUCAGUAUAAACACAUAGGAGGCAUUACUAAACAAUUCAUUAAAACAAAACAAAAUCUUCUUUAUAAAUGGUUGCCCUGAGCAUUGGGAAGAAAUCCCAUGUCCACUAUUUCAGUCCAUAGCAAACGUGAACAAAAACAAACAAAAAAAGAAACACCCGCUCACCCUUUCUUGUCAGAUUUUUCAAAUGCUUUUGGUCCAGGAAAUCACUGGAUACAUUUUACCUCUCCUUUAACAGUAUUUGAAAUGAAAAGAAUUCUAGUAAAUCAAUAUCUUUGUUCCUGUCUUUUCUCUACACUUUGCUAGAACUCCAUCUGGAGAUGGAAAGGCAGCAAGCAGUGGAGGUGCUUGAAGAACUUGGUGCCACCUUGUGAUUAGGACUCCAGAGAUAAUAUUCUGAUUCUAAUACAUUGUAUUGAGAAAAGUGUAGUGAGAGUCUGACAGGCAUGGCCAUAAUCCCUUCACAAUACUCACUGAAACGUGUUUACACCCCAUUUUUUUUAUGAGUAGAAAAUCAUUUUAAAUUAGAGGAAUAGGGAAACAGUAAGAGGGAAGCUUGGGAACCUGAAAUGUCCAGUUUCAUGCAAAUACCUGAUAUGAUAAUUUCUCCAGUACAGCCCAUUUAUUUAGUAUUUUGUGAAAAUAACAGUAAUUGUUUGUGAUCAGGAGGAAAAAUCAUUCUGAAUUUCUUUGCUCUUUGUUUCGUUGACAUUUCCUUCCUAAAUCAGAAAAGUUGUAUUAAAUUUAUUUGAUGAUAUAGGUAUUAAUAAUUCUCAGACUACAUUAGUUACAAACAAUUAAGAGUCCCAGGGCUUCCCUGAACUCACAGAGUGGUUUGUUGUUGCUUGUUUGUUUGGAAACUGCUGGAAUUCCUAGUCAUGUGCUUUCAUUCCAAAUAUUAUUAGAAUGUCAUUCAAAGUGUGUUUUCCUCUAUGCAAAAUGCAUUUAUCUUAGAGUGUGUCUAUUGAUUCUACAUUGAGAAGAAACUUCAAAGCCCCCUUGCCUUGAGUUUGGGCAUUUCUGCAUGAAGUACUUGUUCAUGUGAAAGUUGGGUGUCCAGUACAGCUUUGAGUUAACAGUCAAUUCCCAAGUUGAAGCUAUUCAAAGUACUUUGGAACCCUUUGUGAAGAUUUCCUACUGGGGAAAAUGCUGCUGUAUAAACUGAUUUAGGAAACUGUAUUUUCUUAGAUGCCAAUAAGUAGGUUUGAAAUACAUACAGGUUCACCAUACAGGGAAGAAAAAAAGAAAGUGAUCCCUAUUCAAAAUCAGGAUGCUUGAGGACAGAGGUCCUUUUCAGAUGUCAUUAGAUACAUUCUUCUUUCUUGCAAAUGGCUAAAAAAGGAAGCCGAGAUGCCCAAUGGUUAUGGGGAAGUAAGGAGGGAUAUAUAGGAUAUAAAUGCCUUUUAUUUCUGUGAAGGGGAGCCUAUUUCUGGUAGGUGCCAGAGGAGUGACAUCUAGUUCAGGGUAUCAUGAGAACUGGUGGUUAACUGUGGGUAGUCUAUGUCAUUUGAUUCUUAGGGUUCAUUAUUUCUUUACUUUCAUUUUAAAGUGAAAACUGGAAUGUUGGUGGUACAUUGUUAUUCGGUUGCUUUCAGUAGCUAAAUUCCACCAUGGAGUUGAUAUGACUAUUUUGCUUUAACUAAACAAACCAAACAUCAUCUGUGUAGCUUAGGUAUUUUCUCUUAAGUAACAACAACAUAAUAUUUGUAAUCACUGUUAGAUUAACUGAAAAAACAGGAGUUGGAGAAUUUUAAAAUAUAACCCAAAAUGAAUGAAUAGAAUGUAUUUUGAAGCUCUUUAUUCUACAAUCUUAUAAAGGAAAGGGACUCAAUUAGUACAGAAUACCUCCUCUGUCUCCAGUUGAAUAAGUACAGUGAAGGUUGGUAAGUAAAUAUUUUUAUUUCUUGCUUUGUUGAAGAACAGUGUUGUCAUAGUGUUCUGACCUAUGCUGGGAACUCAUGCUUGGACACAUGUAGUAAUUCUCAAAUUCUUUUGCAUUCCUUGUCAAGUUUAUGUUACAUAGGACCAUUGAAGCUUUAUAAAACAAAACAAAAACCCUUUUCAUUAAUCAUGCAUAUGUUUAAAUAGAACCCAGACUAUGAAUAAGAUAUAACAAAAGAAAAUAUACAGAGUUAACAGAUACAUUGUUCUAGUUCUUAAAAAGUCAUUAUUAAUUAAUAGAAAUAAUUUUCUUCUGAUUUAAAUAAUAGUGGCUCCCUGCUUUUCAAAACAAUCAGAAAUGGUCUUGUCCAUUGCUAGUUUACAGGGUAGUGGUUAUCUAUCAUAUUAAUAUUAUUACUAAGUAAACUGGAAAUAUAUGUAGGUUUUCUUUCUUUUUUUUUUUUUUCAGUGCUCCCGUGGUGAUGUGCUCAUGUGCUCCAUGCCUAGUGUAACAUCCCUUUUUGUGUCUUUUUUGUUUUAUUGAUGCAGUUUAGAAUGGUUAUGGGCUGUCAUUCAGUGACAAAAGUGCCUGUUCCAGGAAAUCUUCUUGACCCAAAAGUCAUUCUGCAUUCUGCAAGGGACAUUUGAUGUGGACAAAAGGUACCUCUUGGCUUUCCUGCUGAAAAGAAACUUGAUUCUAAGUAUAGAAAUUUCCAGACCAAUGUAACUUUCCCAGGUUAGACCAUGAUUUUGCUUUCUAAUAAUGAGAUCUGAAUUCCUAUUUGAAAGAAGGUUGAUGGAGUAGUUUUUGUUCAAGAUCAAAGGAGCUAAAGCUAUUUUUUGCAGUAAAUGGGAAUAUGCACUUCUAAAAAGUAAAUUAAGAUUAGGACUUGUGAUAGGAAUUUUAUUUCUGGCUUCGUUGUCUGUUUCCAUAGCAGUCCUGAUUCCUCACAGUAUCUUCUUCAUAAAAGUAUGCUAAUAUGUAUCAGGCCAUCUGGCCCAAUUUGAGGUUCAGAAAAUUCAAUCAUUUUGGGGGGAAGGUAGAAAGAUAAAACCCAGCCAUGACUUGGUUGCUUUGAAGAACAUACCACAUGUUCAUCAGCUGAGGCUCUAAGGGAGACUCAAGCACUCUCCAUUCAGGCUUUAGAAUCAGAGUUGAUUUAGAAGACCAAUUCAGUGAUCCUGAAUGCCGCCUUAUCACUGCUGGAAACUGUUCUCUAAUGACUGAGCCAUAGUGGGAAUGACCUAAGCUUUAGUUUGAAUUCAUUUGCUGUUUGUUACUGGAGUUCUGAAAUGUGAAUUUGUGUACGGUCACCAGCAUCUAAACAACUUUGGUAUUUGAUCCAGAAUAGUUAAUUAACCCUGGCUUUCUGAUCUGGGAAUGAUCUAUUUUGCAGAUUACUCAAAGUUGGUUUUUUUUUUUUCCCCUUGGCUUGCCUUUACCCAAGCUCUGGAUUCAAUUUCCUAGAGAUACAUAGACAUUUUGUGAAAAUGCAAAACCAUAAUAUAGUGAUAGAGUAUGCAGAUCUGAACAUAGUGUCACGUGCCUUGAAUCUUAGCACUUGAGAAGCUGAGGCAGGGAGAUCACCAGUUCAGGACCAACCUGAGCGACAUGAGGGGUUUCAGAGAUACAUAUCAAAACCAAAACACAGUGUUAACAACAACAACAACAACAACAACAACAACAACAACAACAGCGGCAGCACCAAAAAUUAGAAAAAUAAGCAAACUUUAAUUGUGUGGCUAAGUCUGGUGAGCCAGUGCAGGAAAUUACUCAGGGUUAAAUAUGAAAUACACAGAGCGGUUUUGUCACAGUUCCUGUGGUUUUCUGAGAUAAUGAGGUGGUGACUGUCACAGAGGUUGGUGGAAAACAGAAGCUAUUGGCAGAUCAAAUAUGCAGGUUAGUGUUCUCUGAAAUGUUAGGUGACGUGUCGGCAGUAUUAUUAACAGUCCUCUAGGAAAACCAAAUACUUAUAGAAGAUGGUCUCCCCUCUUCUAGAUAUGUGUAAAUGUGCUUGAUUUAAAAUUUUUCCAUGUCCCAAGAGAGCAAACACAUUUCUGUCCCCAAGUUCUCGAGUUGCUGCUUACUGAGGAUCCUGUCACUUUUAUAAGCAGUCAAAGCAGUCAUACAAGUCUGCGAGUAUCAAGGAAAUCUGCGCCAAUGAGUUUUAUUUGUUUGAGAAUCAUCAUCUUCCCAUAUCAAACAUUUAUAAGUUACAUGUAUUAUGCAUUUCUUUUUCUGCCUUUAUUAGGACAAAAUAUGUUUAAGCAAAUGAACAGUUUGAGGUAUGGCAAAAAGACAAUCUGAAGGGAAAUGAUGCAGUUUUCUAUUAGUAGGAAAAUAUGUAUUGUGAAAACAUGAUGAUAUUAUUUGAGUACUGAAAAAAAUCUUUCUUAAGCUUUGGGUUGGAUUUUGUGUCUUAAACCUGCAAUGACAUUAGGAUUACCCUCUGAGGAGGUCUGUGGGGUCUAGACACAUGGCAUGUCAGUCUUAGGAAAAAAAAUAAAAGCUUGGUUUUUUAUGAGACAUUUAAAAUGUUUAUUUUUGUGCACAUCCUUUCCAUUCCAUAAAAGAUGUAUAUGGAAGGAAAGGAACUGUGGAUCUACCUAGAAUUUUCUAGAAUUAGUCUUACCUAAAACUAUUAUCCGUCUGUGCUGUUUCUUCUGUCUGUGGCUUGACAUAUCUCCUCAAUUGUCUCAGCUUUAAUUAUAGCAUUAAAAAGCUUUAUAUUAUUGUUUCUGGAACAUGUCCCAAACCUCUCAUAGUCUCUGAAGGCAUUCACGUAAAAUAGUUGAAUAAUAUGGGCUCUUUUACAAGACCAGGUGGCAAUGAUCUGAACCCUUGCUCAGUCAUGAUAAGGACCAUAUUAGGUAGCUUGAAGAUGCAUGUUGUUCUAUUUAUAAACUGAAUAUGCUGGCACUUGAAUGGAUUGGUGAUUUCCCCAAAGAACCCUCAUGGCGUUGAUAGCACCUGAGUGAGUCUUUCUUUUCCUUCUCAAUGGUAGGGAUCAUGAUCCAAAUGAGGCUUUCAGUUACUAUCAGGCAGAAUAGAAAAUAAUUAAUGAGGCUGUCUCUGGAUUGAAGUCUGUGAAGAGGUUACAGACUCCCUAGGGAAUGCCUUUGGACUAAGCUUUAUUUGUAUAUUUACUUGCCAUUUCUGCUUGAAGCCAAAUUUUAAUAUUUUAAAAAUAUUUUAUUAAUUAUUGAGAAUUCCAUACUUUGUAUUUUGAUCAUAUUUCUUCCUCUUCUAUCUCUUUCUGGAUGUAUCCCCCAUUCCAUACUGCCCAAUUUGUGUCCACACUAAAAAAUAAAAUAAAGACAAGUAGUGUUACCUAUCUAUCUAUUCUUGGCUAUAUGUCACUCACUGGAAUGUGUUUGGUCUACCAGGAGCAGCCCUUAAAGAAACUCACUGUUCUCCCACAAGUUUUAAAUUGAAGGUUGAUUGUUUUAAUAAUAAACUGAAGUUUGGGAAAGUAGCUAGAGAUUCUAAGCCUCACCCUACCUUACUAACUUCAGGCCUAUGUCUAGCUAGUUAUUUUAAGAAAUUAAUAUAUUUAGACAUUACAAUCUAUAAUUUGAACUGUUUAUUUGGAUUGAGACUUAGGCUAGAAAUAGUGACUUAUUUAUUCAUUCUUUCUGAGACUAUAAUGCAAUCCCUCUCUAGUUUUGUACCCCCAUUCCUUGAUUUUUCAAUAUUUUAUUUAAAUUGGUAGAUUUGGUCUUAAGCAUUUUCUCUUUCUAACAAAUUAAAAGGCACUUAGGUGUAGAUAGAUUGAUGGCAGGCACCUUCUUUUGUAAUAUUUGGUUUUGGUCAAUUUUUAAGCUGACUAGAGUAACUAUGAAGUACAACACAAGUUGGGCCCCUGUGCACUGUAUCAUAAUGUACCGAUACUAUUGGAAUAUUGGGGUACCUUUUCCUUCUGAGUAUCUAUAAGUGACUUUAGAGUUCUAGAUCAGUUUCUUUCAGAAUAGAAUCAAGAUCUAAGACCAGAGCCAAUUGGGAGACAGGUGGAGUAGGAGGCAGGUGGGCAAGGAGCAAGGAGUGCUGUGUAAAUGAAGUCAUCAGUUUGUUGGAAGGAUUAGCUGGGUCAGUCUAAAAGCAGCUGCUUUUCUAAUGCUAAUUAUAAUUCUUUUGCAAACACUAGGUAUCCAGAACAGUGGACUCAUCUAGGCAUAUGGAUAAGCAUGUCCCACUGUUACAAUUCUCUGAUUUCUGUCUCCCAAGACACUUGCAAAAGCUACACCUUCAGCUGCAGAAUAAGGAUAAACCGGACUAAGUCUUAUUGAGGAUAAAACUCACUUUUCCCUUCUGCCAAGGGGAUUGUCACAUCUUUAACUGAUUGACACUUGGGCACUGGUUGUGCACAGAAACUGAGCUAAGUGGCAAACUCAGAAGCCGUGGGAAUAAACAUCACUAAGGCAGAGCUCUGGAAUAUGUUUAUACUGGUUAUUGCUUGUGUGUAAUACUUAGAGGAAUGGAGAAAUCAUAAAAUUUGUGCAACCUAAUUAGAACUCUGGUAUCAUAUGUUCCUUGCUGGUUUAGCUGUUGCAGGGACUGCUUUUUAUCCACACAGAGAAGAGGUGUCAUUUCACUACCAGAAUCUGCAGAUUUCACAGGCUCCCAGGCAGUGUGAGAAAGAAAGGGUUAGAUUAGAUAGAUAAGCAUAAAGCAACAUACAGUAUCUCAAGGUGUGAGUCACCGUGCGAUGCCAGACUAUUUUUAUUCUCUUGAGAGAUCGAGAGGGAUCUUUAGAUAGGAGUAGCUCUCUUUAGGAAUUGCCAUUUCCUCCUUGUACAUCCAUGGUGCCACUCUUAGGGAUUAGUCCUAUGUCACAGGACUUAAAUCCUACCUUCAUUGCUAAAACAUGCUGACAAUCACAUGCUGGAAGCAGUUUUUUUUUCCUUAUGUCAGUUUUGAAAAGUCUUAGUUGCAUUAUAACCUUUGCAAGAGAGAUUUAAAAAAUCAUCUGACUCUAAAGUAUUUGUGUUGCUUCCCUGAAGGAGGUUGGCAGUGAGUAUUGGUGUAAGAUUCUAAUAUAUGCUUAAACAGAAGAAAAAGUAAAGUAUGCAGAGAUGUCCUUUUGGUUUGCUUUUCAAUCAUGCACUUGGUUGCUAAGCAUUUUUUAAGGUUGAAGAGACAGAUAAAGAAAAUACUUGGCUCCCCUACCUUUCCAGGACCCCACUUUUGGUCACACAUCAUUACUUCCCACCCCUACCCCCCCCACCCCCCCCAGAAUACAAUAGGAAGCCUAUUGCCAUCUCUGUUCACACAUUUCUUAGCAGGAGCUAUUUGUGUGUGCUUUAAGUAGAUGUCUUGGUAUUUUAUAAAUCAGGUCAUAGCAGAGCAUAUCUAGACAGCUCCCACUGUCACCUGCAUCGUGGGUCUGUUCUGUCCCAUUAUUAUGCCAGCUCUUCUCUGCCCAUUACUGAACAGCUGGGGUUUUUGAAACAGCUGGAUGAUUAGAUUAUUUUCCCCUCUAUUUUUCACCCAGAUGCUUUAUUACUGUGUAGAAACAAUGCUGUUGUGGAACGAUGUGAAAACAAUAAUAAUAACAACAAAAUCUGUUCUGAUGUACUUGUUAUUAGAUAUUGAGUCACAAUUAAAAGGAAGUUCUGAUGUCUAUUGCUUUAGAAACAUGUUGUGCAGUUAUGUAAGCCUCAUUUUGAUUCCUAGACAAAGAUGUUGAUUUACCAACCCCCUAUUUGUUUGUUUGUUUGUUUAUUCACUUUACAUCCUGUUGGUGCCCCACAUCCCUCCUCAUACAAUCUCUCCUCCUUACUCCCUCUCCUUCUCCUCUGAUCGGGUGGAGUUUUCUCUGGGUAUGAUGUGCCCCAACUCUGGCACAUCAAGUCUCUGAAGGAGUACGAUAGUCCCAUCCCUUUAAAUACUUUUUAUGUUAUACCCGAGGCUACUAAAACGCUGCCUUGACUGCUACAUUGAUUUGCUUAAGGGAAUAUGUUUAUACACAAGGAGGCAGCACCUGGAAUUUCCACUCAGCACUAACAAGAGGAGCUGACAGCAGGCAAGCUAUAGUCCUCUCUCACUCUGUCUAUUUUUAGGUUGGUCCCUUUGUGACUGACUUCAACCCUGAUUGGGAAGCUUGAAAUUCUAAAACAACGAUGUGCUCUAUUAUGAAGAUUUUCAGACUUAUGCCACUGUAUGGUAGAGACAAAUUUAAUUCUGAUGUUGUUUAUUGGUAUUCUACCCAGGCUAAAAUUUGGAGAAAAAGCCAUGUACAGACUUCUCCUUUUCUGUUUUUUUUUUUUUUUUUUUUUUGAUAGAUGUUCCUUAUGUGCAGGCUGGGCUACGUAAAAUGCACUGAAUCUUCAGAAAAUCACAUCUAGGUGUACGGAUUUUGGUAAUAUGGGAAAAUCAUAUUUAUAAAAACAGAACAGAACAAAACAAAACAAAACAAAAAAUUUUUACCCAUUUUUUUUUCCUAUGCUGUCCUCCCUCUCUACCUAUAUGUGUGCCAGGGUCUCAUUUCUUCUUGGAGUUUGAAUUUCCAGGCUAUCAUGUUAAAAUGACACUUUUAAAAAUCAUGUUUUGUUUCCAGAUUUUUUUUAAUCAUCCGAAUCAAUAAUGUAGUAAAUAGUCCUAAUUCCAAGCUGACAUAGCUGACUCUUAGUUUAAUUUGGUUAAAGCUGUGAUAAUAGUCAGUGUUUUCAAAUAGUGGUAGUGGUUUUGUGAAAAGUAUUUUUACCUUUCAAUCCACAGAAUUUAUCUUUCCUUAAUUUAGUAAUUUAUGAAUAAAUUACAAUGAGAGAAGUGUAUGGGUGGAUGAUGGUAGAAGAUAGGUAGGUAGGGAGACAGAAAGAAAGAGGGGUAGAUAGACAGGUAGACAGUUAGAAAGAUAGAUGAACAGGUGUGCAAAAACUAAAGGAGCCUUAAUAGAAAUCAGAACUAUCAGAAGCAUGUUUUGAUAAACAAAAUGAUAUUUACAAAAAAAUCUCUUAAGUAACAUUUAUGAUAUUAUCAUUUUUCAAGUCUCAUAAAGGUAUUUUCUUUUAAUAAAUAACUGAUAAUGCUUCCAUAAAUUCUGACCUAAAUAAGGGCACAGAUUUCUUUCUUAAAUACAAAAAGGGUUGAGUGUUUGUUUGUUAGUUUGUUUUGGGUAGCUAUUCCUACUAGGUAAGAAACUUGCAGCUGGCCAAGUGAGAGAAUUUGAGGGAAAUUUUAGUAGAGUUUCCUGGAGGCUUUAUUCUGCAUUGAUAAGAUAUAACUGGCAUUUGCUCAGAUUUCCAUUUGGUUCCAAGACACUGUCUUGUUAGCUUGCAGAAAUUCCAUAUACCUCUCUCACUCUUCUAGAAAGCAGGGCAUGUCCCUCACUCCUACAGUCUCUUUUUGGAACAGAAAGUUGAUGGGCAUGCUAUGCUGUUUUCUUGAAGGUUACAGCUAUAGGGUAAGCUUGUAAUAUCUUCCCAGUGUCCUGUGGGACAUAGCUUAGACCAGGCUAAGUUACAGGGCAUUGUGCAAACUUCCUGACCCCAAUGAAAAUCCCAUUUUUUUUUUCCUUUGGAGAAAAAGAGCCUAUAUCUUCAGGACACUCUCUCAUGCUAUACCCUUGGUGGCCAUCAUUUCUAAUUGUUUCCUAAUUCUAGACCUGGUCAUGGCUGACUAUGGUGGUGAAUCUUCAUCUAAUGAAGCUCUCUCUUAAAGUAAUCUCAUUCCCUUUAAACCUCCAUUUAAGUGUUCUCAUCUCUGGAUCUUCUGUCUUGGAAAUAAGGCUUCCAAUAUUGAGAUGCAACUGUGAUGGCAUCUUCAGGUCUCUCCUGCUAUCAUUACUCUAAGAACCAUCUACUUACUCUUCUAUGAAGUGUGCCUCAGAGUACCUUGUUUGUUUUCUCAGUAUCUCAGAACUUACAUUAAAGUUCCUGGUUUGAAUCUUCACCCAAGCCAAACAAACAUUAUCUUUAAUUGAAGUUGCUCUUAAAGCCAAAACACUUGGUCAUGUCAGGAAAUAUAAAUAAAUAAAUAAAUAAAUAAAUAAAUAAAUAAAUAAAUCAAAGCCAAGUGAAUUGAAUUGCUUGUUCUUGUGGAGCAUCAGUUCAAUUCUGCUUCAUUCAAGCCAUUAGAAUCAAAUGCAUCUAGCUUCUAGCUAUUGUACUGGAGAAAUACUCUUAACUUUAAAAAAAACAUCAUUUUCUGGUAGUUCUUGGCUUUUUUUUUUAGGAAAUAGAAACUACUUGUGCCUUUGAAAUAUGAUAUACUGUUUAUUAGAUGCAAAAUCUUGAAAGUAAGAUAUUUUUCUACAUUAUUUUUGUGAAACUAUCUGAAGUAUCUGUAGACUUGAGAAUGUUUGUUGUCCUAAAUUAGUCAGCACGCCAUUAAUAUUUGAGGCUAUUUAGACAGUUGACUUGCUUGUUAAUACAUUAUAAAGGAGGAAAUGAGUUAGACAUUCUUCUUAAUAUUGUAAAUUAGAGAUAGGUGGGCAUCUAAGUAUUUACAGCUUCUGAAACACAAUGAACGUAACAACUGCUGGUAUGUUCUUUUAAAGAAGCACUUUAGAAGAAAGCAAAUGCAUUUAAGAUGCAUCUUCACCUAACCAGAGAGUGGAAUUUGGAAUUGUAUAUUUACAUUAAGUAGAUUACAUUUCUUAUCUAGUAAAUCACUUUGUAUCAUACAACAGUCUAGUGCUUGGGGAAAUACUUUGAAGCCUACAAAUUGCAUGUGAAUGACUACAGAAAAAACUUUGACAACUUGAAUGUUUGCCUCCCUGGCUGUUACACUUUCAGAAGAAAACGCCUCCUCGUGAAUGCAUUUGAAUACACAUGUAUAAGCCUAAUUGCUUUUAACUUUUAUUUUGGAUUUUGACUUUAUAAAUUGAUUAUAGUUUUUACCAUUUUUUUCUGGAAUCAAAUGGAUGGAUUUUAUGACACCAGAUAACUAUUAAUUAACAUUGAUUACCAAUAAUUGCUUAAUUAUUAAUAGAAGUAUUAAGCUUUAUACUUAAAACAGAGGAAUUUUUUUUCAAUUUACCCUUAGAGAAAUUGAUAUCACAGUCAUUUCUGUUCCUACUAGCCAUUUAGAAUGAAUUUUCAUCAGUCAUGCUUCUCUCUUCCGUAAUAUUUUUUGAACAUGUGAUUUUACUAAGUACUGUGUCUAUUUCAGCUUAGUCAUGCUACCUAUAAAAACUGGACCAUUCGCCAUGAAGAAGUAAACCUUGUGCUCUUCAUAGAACAGUAGUAAAAUCAUCCCACGAUGAAACUCUGGCCAUAAGGAUGGCUUCAAAGCACAAACUCAAGAUCAGUGUCCUAGGCAACUCUCAGACAUUUAAUGGAAAGUCCUAUGAAAUCAACUGACUCAGUCUUAUUAAAGAUCUCACAUGUUCUUAGUAGGUUCAAUGUUGCCCUAGCACUGAUCCCUCAGGUCAUUUGAGCUGUCAAAUGUUAGUUUUUAGCAAAUGAUCAAAUAAAUAACUGGGGAAUCAGUAGAGAGGGCUUAUUAUUAAAUAAAAUAGCAUUUUGUCUUAAUUUAUAUAUUGAUAGUACUUCUUUAAAUAAAUCAGAAUUAUAGGUAUUUCUUGGUUUCUCAACAAUGGAUAGCAGGGACAAAAGGUUGAAAUCUAGAUUAGUCAUCAAUACUUAGUUUGUCUUUGUAUAUUUGAAUGAGUGAUGAAAACCCAAACCUGCUACAUUAUAGUUUCAUCACAUUGCAACAAUUUGUUAUUUCCUAUGGAUGCUUGGAGGAAAACCAGCUAAGAGUCACCUUAGGCCCAACAUGGCCGCAAGUUUUCAUCACCCAACUCUACUAAGACAAUGGACAUGUUUGUGUUCAAGCAAACAAACCAACAAAAAGCAAAACCGUUUCAGAUACUCAGAAGAGGGAGUGCUUAGGAUUUUCCAUAUACUAUAGCCAUAGAGGGUUUUGGUGGAAACACACACACACACACACACACACACACACACACGCACGCGCGCGCGCGUGUGUGUAUAUAUAUGUAUAUAUAUUUGAAUGUAAAUGAAUAAAAUGAAUAAUAUGUGCUUGUUAUUUCUAUGCCAUUUUUUAAAAGAAGAGGCCAAUCAACUAUUGUGAAAGUACCUACAUUUGCAUUUAGAUUAGAGGAGGCUAAAUGCCAUAUUUCCCCUGACUUCUGCUACUUAGUAAUAUGGGAGAUCCAAAGGGAUGUGAUGUGCUCUAUCUGGUUUAACAAUUUAUGGUGUUUUGGGAUUGGAGAGAUGGCUCAAUAGGCAAAGAGCUUGCCACCAAAGAGUGAGAACCUGCAUUGAGAUCUUCAGUACCCACAUAAAGCCAAUAUGGUAGCACUGGCCUGUGCCAUGUAGUUUCUACAACACUGCUUUAAAUUUCCGGUGGUCUGCACUACCAGCCACUGACCUGGUUCCCUCAGAUCCGAGGAUGAAACACACACACACACACACACACACAGACACACACACACACACACACACACACACACACAAGCUUGCUUAUUUAUUUAUUUAUUUAUUUAUUUAUGCUUUUUAGCUCAAUGGCUGGGAACAUCUAAGCCUCCUGUGGCUAACAUGCACUUACCUUCACUUUCACCAGCUCAACACCUCUAAAUCUUCCUGUGGCUAACAUGCACUUACCUUCACUUUCACCAGCUCAACACCUCUAAAUCUUCCCUCAGCUUAGUUGCUCAGUUACCUUUAGUUCUAGCUCAACAUCCCUAAAUCUGUCCUCAACUUAGUUGCCCAGUUUCCUAAAUUUGCCCUCAACUUAGUUGUGUUUGUAAUCUCCUGCCUGUUACCUCAGGCCUAGUUGGGGAAGUGGCCAAGAGCUACUCCAUCUGAGAUCUCACAUGACUGGUGGCUCUCUCUCCCUCCAAAGCAUGGCAAAUCUUUCCUCUUCUAGCCUGUCGGUGGGAACCUGCAAGUCUUGCCUUCUGCCUAGCCAUUGGCCGCUGGCAUCUUUAUUGAUAUAUCAAGAACCAAUUGGGAAACAUAACCUUCAGUGUUCCCACACAGAUUCUUGAUCAAAGCAUCAGAUUUACCAACCCCCACACUAGCCUGUAAUCUUGGAGCUUCUACGGCAAGAUAGGAUAUGGAGACAGGAGACUCCCCACAGGUUGUGGGCCAGCUACCUUGACAAUGUAGCAGUGAACAAGAAACCCUGUGAAUACCAAGUUGAAAGGAAUGGCACACUAAGGUUAUCUUUGACCUCCACACAAAUACACACACACACACACACACACACACACACACACACACACACACACACACACACACACACAUUCUUGGAGGAUUUAGCUUGUGCCUUUAUAUUGAGAAGGUUGAAGACAUUAUUUGCUCAUUGCUUUUUGAAUGCUACACAUUCAAUUCCAUGUAUUUUUAAAGAGUGUUAUUGAAGUAUGUUUAUCUUAUGACAGUAAUAUAGUAAUAUAGGCUAAUAUAAUGACCCCAAGUAACUAUGAUGGCAUGUAGUGAAAAUGAAAGCCACAGUUAUUGUAAUAAAAACCUUAGGAGUUAUUUCAAUAACUGGUUUACUAUAAUAAUAUAACUACAUUUUGUUUUUAAUAUAUAAAACAGAUCAGAGGGAUAAAGCGUUUGUAAGAAGCCUCUUUUCAGCUCCCCUUUUUCUACAUAUCUUUAUCCUACCUCAUAGCAAUUGCCAUUUGUUUAUCAUCUAAAUUGCCUUUAUCCCUGGAUGUAGAUCACUACCAUUUAUUUUUACUAUUGCUACAUAGUUUAAUUUUUAUCUUAUUGGUAAGAUUUUUUUCACCUUUACAAAAUUUUAUUCAUUCACUGUGCAUAGUUUUUCUUGGUUAUUCCAACAUAAUGUAUAUUUCUUAACUUCAACUACUUUUUAAAUAAACGGAUAUGUGAUAAUUAUUUUCACAUAUCCAUUGAUAGUUUUUAGGCCUCUUUUUAUUCUUACUUCCAAGAGAAAGUUGAUCACUGGUAAAUAAAAGGAUUUUAAUUUCUCUGAGAUUGCCUUUUCCACAAUAGGAUGUAGCAUACUAAUAAUGAAUCUAGUACAGCAAGAACCAACUUUGGGAAAUCAUUUGCUGUUCUCCUGAGCUCAGCAGCAUGAAUCAUUUAAAUAUUAUCAAUAACAGAAUGAAUGACUGUGUGUUGACCUCAGCUUUGCCUAUUCAUAGAGUAAAUUGCUCUGGAAUGACAAAUGUUGCUUGAGCAGCUGAAGGCAAGGCAAAUUUGUUUCUAAUAGUUCCCCCUCCUCUUGUUAGUGGUCUCCUAUUCCUUCUCAUUUAUGUCAUGGAGAGCAGGUUAAUUCUAGGUCCAUUUUCUCAGUCUGGCUGGAGAUGCUCCUUUCUGUUGCCUUGUCUCUUUUAGCUCCACCACAUCAUCACUUAGGCCUUUUACUCAGUUUCAAGACAGAAAGUGUUCUCAGACACCAGCGAUCUGCAUGUCUCUGAGAAGAUUCAUAGGAAGGUCCCUGGCAGAGGAUUUUAUACUUGAACACAGGUUUUAUUUCCAUUUUCUCCUCUCCCCUCUGCUCCCCCUUGCUCCUUUUCCUCAUAUUUGCCAUAAAGGAUUAUCUAACUUUUCACUGAAUUGGUGUGUUACUGCUAAGGAAUUAAUGUGUCUCUCCUGCUUGUGUCCAUGUGCCAGCACAUUAGCACUGGAAGACUGAAGCCCAUGUCCUGGUUAAGAGAGUCAAGUUGCACAGACCCCGAGUUUUAAGGAGACAAAUGCUAUGCUUGUACUGUACUCUGGAAACAGAACAGUUUAUUCUGGAAUGAACUCAUGCCCUUGAAGAAUAGUCUGUCUGUCUAAUUUCAUGAGUAUGACAUUGUAACAACAUACUCUUAGGUCCCCUAUCCCCAUGGCCAUUGUUUUUAAAUUCUUUUCCUGAAUCUUGGAAGGGAUUUGAAGGACCCUGGAACAUCUUUUCAAAUGUUUCUCAUUUUAACCUUUCAGCCCCUCAUUCCUUAUUAUGUUUUUAUUAUCUACUCAUCUUGUUGAUGACCAAUUUUGGAAGAAUUGACUUAAAACUGGUCCCAAUCAUUCUUUUUUAUUACAGAGACAUUGUUGAAAGAAAAAUGCAAUUUUUUUUAAAAAAAAUUGGAACCAACUUAUAUUAUCCUAUAUUUUCUAUUUUUUCUAAGUGAACCUAGUCAGAGAGGACUUAACAUCCUCAGUCAUACUUAAGUGUUUUCAGGGUCCAGUCACUUCUGUGAAGAGGCAAUAAAGCCAAGAGCUACUUUACAGUUUCUAAAAUAAGCAAAUAAGGAAACUAGAACACAUUAAUAUGCAAAAUUAGGUAGACACAUUAUGAAAAUGCUUCGGGGUUUCAAGCCUCAUUCGGUGUGUUUGGAAUUGACUUUUUCAAGCUGUAAUAGCUCUGCCACUGGGUAGACAGAUCAGUAGUCAAAAGAUGCUAUGGUACCCACCAAAUCUUCAGUAUCUUGGAACAAUCCCUUGUAUCCUUUCAAGAUCCAUGAAUUCAAUGUAAAUUCCUGAGCCAUGGAUGAAUGCCAAAACUCAGUUUCAGUGCUGAGGCUAUAUCAUUGGUUAUAUGAGACUAGUCUUCAAUUUAUGAGACUAGCAGUUCUAGAGUUUAACUUUUUAUUAUUUCUCUUUCCUAUUUAUAUUUCAGAAAUCAACUUUGGAUAUAACCUAGAUUUCUUUCUUUCUUUUUACUAGAUAGACCUCCAUCCAUACAAAUUAAUUCUGCACCUGAUGAAACCAAUUUGCAUUAAUAACAGCAUAAAUCCCAGUUCAGAUUGUUAAAGGUUUUCAAUGUAAGUUAGAUUAUCACAUGCAUCAGUUGUUUUUUUUCCAAGUUUCAACCCACUUUAGAGUGUAGUGAUUUUUGUGUGUUGGCAGUUUGGCUCAGUUCCCUUGGCUGGUUCUUUUGAGAUCAUCAGAACUCUUAUAUGUGUCUAUAUGUCUAUAUGUGUCAGUGAGUGGGUAUACUCUUGGCUGACUCUCUCCAAACUGCCUCAACCAAAUGUCUGAGAAGUCAGCCAUCUUCAAAAUCCAGUGUGAUAGCCUGGGCUUCACAUGGGGCUGAGCUUAGAAGCAGUUAGAUAGGAUAAACAUGAUGGGUGGACUUCUCAAACAUCUUUCUGUAUUUUGUUUGUUUUUCUAUUAAUGCUUUAAUGAGCUAACAAGCCACAUGGCCGAUUGUAGAUUCUGGAAGUUUAGACAGCCUUUACUGUUUGAUGACAGAAAUAUGAACUAUUAGUGCCCUUUUCUUUAGUUCUUAACAGCUUAUUCCCAUAUCUUUUUCAUGAAGAAUUUUUCCCAUAAGAAAUACUAUAGAUAAAUUGUCCCUUGACAUAGAAGUGAUGCAUAGAAAAAAAAUGUUCAUCUUCGUCUAUCCCCACAGCUCUUUGCCCUUGAGCUUUAAUAUAUUUAUAGUUUCUAGAUUAUAUGUGUUUUGGGAUAUAAUAUUUCAUAAAAAUGUAUUUUAAAAUUAUCUUCAUCUAUAUUAGGUCUCAUUUCUUACACUUAUUUUUGAGUUGAGCAAAUUAUAAGCUUUGAGACAUUUAGGAUUCAUGUGUGUUUUGGCAACCUUUCUUAGUCUAGAGACAUACUUGUAGUGGUAUUGCCUAAACUUCAGGUUACCCUGACUACACAAGAAUUUCACAGUAAGCAUGUUUAUAUAUUUGUUACAUAUGCUUGUGAGUCAUUGUGGCUUCUUGUAGUUGUUGAAGAACAAUUAUUAGAAUAUAAUAAAUAUUUGUAUUAAUAAAUCUCUGGCACCUCUUUGUGCCUUGGAUUUAAACUGAAAAUGUUGCUCUCUUCUGUGAACUUAAUGUUUAUUUUCUGAGAUGUCUGGUUAGAAAAUACAAGUUCAACUUUGGUUCUAUCUUCUCUCAUGUGGAAAAUGUGAUUACUAUUACUCAGUGAAUGUCAAUAGCCUCAUCUUCUGCCCAUGUACCAUUGAAUUGGGAGAUGGUACAUUGUGCUAGAUAGUUCAGAGCUGCCUAUUAAGUACAGUACCCAUUUUGUAGUACAGUUUUAGAUGAUUUUAGAUAUGUACCCUUGCUUAUUACUGUCAUCAAUAAUAGUUCUGUUUAAAUUCUGUGUACCUAUCUAGUCAUAGUGGUUACAAAUGUGUUUUACUCUUUGGAUGAAAUGAUGAGAGAGGGUUUUUUUUUUGUUUGUUUGUUUGUUUUGUUUUUUGGGUUUUUUUUUUUUUUUACUUUUUAAAGAUCUAUUUAUUUUAUGUAUGUGAGUAUACUGUUGCUCUCUUUAGACACACCAGAAGAGGGCAUCAGAUCUCAUUACAAAUGUCUGUGAACCACCAUGUGGUUGGUUGCUGGGAAUUGAACUCAGGACCUCUGGAGAACAGUCAGUGAUUUUUAACCUCUGACCAUUUCUCCAGCUUUCGAGAGUUUUCUGAUGUGCAUGUAAUGUAACAAUGAGAGUUAGCUUACUUCUCUUCUUCCAUGUGAGAUACAUACAUAUAUGUGUGGGUCUCUGUGUGUGUUUCCUAAUAUAGGGGUAGCAAGUUCUUAACUAAUUUUUCAGAGCUCUUGAAAGAGUAAUUGCUGAAGAAGAUAAAUUUAUUUAUUUAUUUAUUUUAAAACCUCAUCUGUACCUAUCCUCAUAUAAUAAUAGCUACUUAAUUAUCUGUCCUGCUUCGCUUGGGUAGAUACUUGUGCACUUGUCUUCUUUGCUUCCCACAGUUUUAAAUAGUUUGUUCUUGCUCAUAAAUGAUGUUGCCUGCUUCCUUUGUCAUAUUUCAUUUUCAUGCUUAAGAGUUGCCUUUCAUUUCUAAAUAGCCAUUAUAAGAUGAAGGCAGGACUUGGGCAGCAUUGUGGUUCUUUAAUAACUGAAAAAAAAGCAACCAUUUUUGUGGAUACCAUCAGCAAUUAAGUUUCUCACAGCGUCAAAUUUCUAUACUCACAAGAAAACAGUGCACCUAAUGUGAUCUGGAUAUAUGGAGAUUAAAUUGUGGAUGAUGAAAACAAACCUCUGCACCUGUGGGAGCAACACUGGUAAAGUCAACCAACUGUGAAUGAAAUAUAUUUGCAAACAAUACAUAUGUGUGGAACACGUACUGAUAUUUUAUCCUGGUUAUUAUUUUAUAAACAAGACAGUUUAACAACGUUUAUAUAGCAGUUUUAUUGUGCUGGGCAUUCUGAAUAAUUCAGCAUGGUAUAAUAUCAAUACCAUCUAAGUAUAUAAUUAAAUAAAUUUUAAGAAAAAUGCACUGGAAUUCCAUAACUCAUCAACUCAAUCCUUUGCUGUCCAUAGUCCAUCUUUCCAUGUGAUCAAAAUAAGGAAAUCACUUAUUUUGUCAUUUACAUUUUUUCCAACUUGUAGAUUUUAGAGAAUUAGAAUCACCUACUUUGGUGCCUCUUGUUUCUGGUUAGUUUCCAUGAUCAUGAUAUGUUUACAUAUUGUAUUGUGUCCAUCAGCUGCUCUCAAUUUACUGUUAGAUACUGUUUGGGGGCACAGAUUUAGCCCAUUCUGCAUUAUCCAUUUACCUCUAGAUGGAUAUCAGAUAUAACUUGAUAAAUAUUGGCUUCAUUUCAACAGAUAAUCUAUCUUGAUGGAGAUUUGAUCUAUGUUGAUAGAGAUUCAGUCUACUUUAAUGCAUAUCUAUUCCAUAUUCUCUGAUAGGUGAUCCAUCUUGACGGUUACUAGACAAAUAUCUGAUUCUCUUUGAUAGAUAUUUUUUGAUAUUGAUGGGUAUCUUUUUCAAUUGCAUUUUCAACAAAUAUUAGUUAGUUAUAUUAUAAGUAUAAGCUAUUCGAAAGUAGCUCUUUCCUCUAUGGAAUGAAUCAGUGAUGAUUUAGUGAUGAUAGGGGAUACUAUAUCUCAGUCUCCAUUCUACCCUGGCCACUGGUGGCCUGCAAUAUAUUUCUUAACUUCUUUAUUAGUUUUGUUCUGAGACAAUUUUAUUCAUGGAUAAAAUGUAUUCUGUUUAUACUUUCUCCCCAUUAUCUCCCCACCCCCCCAGUCCCACCACCCCUCCCAGCUUUUACUUUCUCAGAUUCAUAAGUGUUGUUUGAGAUCUCAUUUAAUCUAUUGGAACAGAUGACAGAGAGUGAUGACUCUGUCCUUUCUGAAUUCAUAAGAAGUAAGCUGUUUGCCAGUGAGGAGUAGAGCCCUCCAUCCAUGCCUGAUGGCUGAUUGCUUAUUCUGGUGGUGAGAUCUACAGCGCUUCUGAGCUUGUGAUUUUAAUUGAAGAGAAGAUGGCAUUUCAUAGUCCAUAGUCCAUUCUUCAGGCAUUUAAUUUUUCUGCCCUCCCUUCCAUAAGUUCCCCGAGCCUUACAAGAUAUGAUAUGUUUGUGCAAACUUUAUAUGCCCCAGUACAGGGGAACGCCAGGGCCAAAAAGGGGGAGUGGGUGGGUAGGGGAUUGGGGGGGUGGGUAUGGGGGACCUUUGGGAUAGCAUUGAAAAUGUAAACGAGGAAAAUACCUAAAAAAAAAAAAACAGAGAAAAAAAAAAGGAGUGAGGACUAUUUUAGGCAUCUUGUGCAUCCAUGGUUCAUCUUGCCUAAUAGCUGGUGUGUGUUCAUGGGUAUCUGGUAGAUCUGGAUGGGUGAAUCUUUCUCAUUUCUAUUCUCUAAUUUAGCUUACAUUUUCUUUAGCAAAUCUUGUUCUUUGUACAUUGUCUGAUUGAUUAUAGCUCCAUCCUAAAUUCAUUUCAUAUUCUUAAAUUUAUUGUAUGACUUGGAUAUAUCAUUUUUCUUUAUACUUCUAGAAUACCAAUAUAAUUCAGAAUUUAUGUAAGAUGAGCUGAGCAUAUGUAAGUAGAUUUGUGACUUUUAUAAAGUUAAUUGGGUAUAGCUUCUUUCCUAAAUAAAUUCAGAUUAACUAUGCAUCAUUCUUAUCUUUUUUCCUCACAGGUUAUUUCAUCUCUUAUACAAGUUAUAACUUUGAUAGCAGCAUUGAUGAUUUCUGUAGACACCCAUGCCAACAUAUAGGUAAACCUGUAACCAUUCAAUGAAGAUCUUCUUUGAUUAAAAAAAAACACCCAUAAAUGGCACCUAGAGGGGUUUCAUUUAUGGCAACUAGUAAAUGAAAUUAUUGUUACUAAUUGAAAGUAUAAACACUUAAGAGAUUUUAGUAUUUUUACAUGACAAUUAUCUGAGCUACAGUUUUCAUUCAAGAACUUUCACAGAUGCUAAUUUAAGAAGACAAUUUUACUGUGCGUACUUUUGUGUGAGUGUUAAAGCAAGAAGCAAAUGUGAGUGCACAGAACUGUCCUUCUACAUUUGACUUUGAAGUCUUCAGCUGUAGUCUCUGGAACCUAAAACUAAUGUCUAUGCACGCUUACAGUUAGGUUCCACUUACCUGUAUCCUGUCCCUCAUCCUGUAUCCACUCUUGUCCUCUCAUCUUUGUAGUGGUUUUUCUCUUUUACAUUGUAGUUGUAUUUACAUUUCUUUCUGAAUUCCUAUGUAGGUUUCUUUUCUCCUUUCCUUUUUCCUUUAUUUCUCCAUGAGUCUCCACCUCUUUUUCCCUCUUCCCCUCUCUUACCCUCUCUCACCAGCUUUACUUCCAGUCAAAAAGAUCCUUUAGGGUGUGCUUGAAGAUCCAAAGGGAAUUAAUUUGCACACAUCUUUAUCUUGACAUUUUUUUCCUGUGAGUUUUUGCUCUUCUUACAUAGAAAUCUCAACAAUAUUGCCAGAGUAGUUCUGCAUCCUAUACUUUGGCAGAACUCCUAGAAUUAAUCCCAGUGGGAUAUUUGCUUUAGAAGCUGCCUUAGUAUCUUUGUAGUAGUAUUCAGAUUGCUAUCCAAAGAGAACUCUAGUUAAGUACAUAUCCUUAAAAUAUUUUGCCAAAAUACUUCACCACUUAAUCACUGCAAUGGCUAUAUAUAAAACACACAACUGUAUUUUUGUGUAUGUGUAGAUGUAUGUGUGUAUGCAUGUGUAUGUGUGUAAAACAGGACAUCUUCACUUACUGAAGGAGGUAAUGAAGCCCCACAAAGCCAGUUUCUCCUGUACUCCAACAACAGUAAUUUCCUCCUCCUUGCAGUGGUUUUGAAUGCACGGUGUGAGGCUCCAGGGAUCUUAUUUCAUUCCAUUUCCUGCUAAACUAAUAUUUCCUGCUAACAGUAUUCAUCAGCUUAGUCAUGAUGAUAUAACAGUUAGACAUUUGGACUUGUGCUUCCAAACAGAGACUUGUCCCCUAGUAGAGUUGGUUAGUCAUUAAAUGGAUUUGCCACUUGUUUUUUGAAAUAAUGAAAUAAUGGAAAGAAUUGUUGUUCAUGUUUGGAGGAUGCUGGAGACACGUUAUUAGAGUGAAGUGAAAGCAAGAGAAUUAUGACAAAUGUUGAUAUAUUCUUUAUAGAUGAUUCUAUGAUUACACACUGAUAUUUAUUAUGAAAGGUUGCCUGUUUGAUUUUUGUGACUGGUAUUUUAGGACAUGGUAGUGCUACUGUUGAUGGUUACCACAGAUAUAACCUUUGUAAGCUUAGCAUUGGCAUAUUGUGCAGAAUGAUCUAGUAGGAAGGCAUAGAUUCAAUAGUUUCAUUAAUAGUGAUUUUAGAUCUUGGAGUGAUAUCUUAGUCGUAAUGAACACUGGCUGCUCUUCAGAAGACAUGGGUUCAAUUCAAACCCAGUACCUGCAUAAUCACACUGGAAGAAAGUCUUUCUAUAUGUCUGUGCAUUUAGGACUGGAUUUGACACUCUCUCUGGCUCUGCAGGGACUGCAUACGUAUGAUGUUAAGAAAUGUUUGCAGGCAUCUACACACAUAAAAUUUUUAAAAAGAGAGAAACCUAUAGAUUAAAAUAGUGGAAUUCCACUUAUUUUACUUUCUGGGGAAACUGAGUCAAAGAUGAGUGUGCAGCUCAUCACUGUUUUCUUUCUCAUCCUGUUCUCUUUAAAAUGCAACAUAGUAAGUCCCAGCUAAGCAGUUGGAAGAUUCUCCUCACAGAAACAGCCCUGUAAGCAGAUCUGGAAGGUGUUUUUUUUUUUCCCCCUCUGUAUGUGCCUGCUCUUAACUAGGAGGAGGGGAUGGCUUUUCAACGAGGGGCUUGAGUGUUUGGUUCUGCACUGGAAGAAUUAGAGGCUGGGAUAUUGCUGACUUGUGUGAGACCAAAGAAAGGCCCUGCCUACUAUUUCACUGUUACAACUUUGAGUGUGCUCUGAACAGGGCAGCUGAGCUUGGGCUUCUCUUUUGACAAACAUUAUCGAAUCAUAACUAUUAUCUUGGUUCCAUCUCCACAUUGUUCUUCUUGCUGAGUCAAAUGCUGCUUUACAUAGCAGGUAGAAUGAUAGGGCAGGCAAAGAUAGGAGGGCCAGUGAAAUCGGGGCACGCUGCAGAAAGGUAUAAUGGCACCUGUCACGUGCUUACUGUGGAGCCUAGCCUGCAAUAAGGACUCACUGUUUAUUCCUUAUUGUGAUUAUCGUUCUCAUGACUUUGCUUUGCUUUUGUAAACAUCACAUGAUUACAUCCACAGUGAAUAAUUGAAACGUUUCUUACCCUUCCUCAAAAAUCAUUAUUAGCAAUAGAAACUGUUUACCUUUUGAUAUCAAAUCAGUAAUUCUUACAAAAGAUCAUUUUUUUCCUUCCGCGGCACAGCUGUACAUAAAUGGCACCAAAAGCACAUUUCAGUUCCCUGUUAAUUUCUUAUUACUGCUUAAAAAUAUCACAAGUUUAGUAAUAUGAGGCAACACAUGUUUAUUAUUUUAACAUUAUGAAGGUCACAAGUUUUAAAAUGACACUGUUGGCAGGACGGCACUCCUUUAGAAGGCUCUGAGAAGAAUCUGCUUUCUUGCCUUGUCUCCCUUGGGGACUGACCACCUACUUGUGUCCCUGGCUUUCUUCUUCCAAACAGCAAGCACUUAAGCUUCCCCCAGUCCUCUCUCCUCUGACCUGACCUGUGUACCUUCCCUGAGGUUGCACUUGGUCCAUAUACAUCAUAUGGAGUCCCAUCUCAAGAUUCGUAACUUAAUAAUGGCUAUGUAGUCCCACUUGCAAAUUUUGAAAACCGGUCUCAGAAUAUAGACAUCUGGUGGAUUCCUUGCAGUGUCUGAUGCAGGUACAUAGCAAACAAUUAUAUUUGAUGGAUGAGAUCACCAGCCUUUAGAUCUAAAAGAACACUGAUUAAAUCAACACUUUUAUUAAUGAGGAAAAUUUAACAGGUAUUAAAAAGACCUUAUACAGAAAACUGUGUGUUGACCUCAGUGACUUUUUACACUGUUUCAAUGCACCAUUUUAACACAGCACGCUCAGCUAUAAUUAGUGUUUGUUAGAGACUACAUUAGAAAUGAAUACAAAAUAGUGUUUUAGGUCAGAGACUAAUGUGUAAUCUGAAGUGAGUCACAUCUCUUGGACUUCAGUUUCAAUACACUUAGCAGAAUAGGUGGAUAUAUCAGAAUUGGUUUAGUGGCUUUUUUUUUUUUAAAGAAAAUAAUGCCUUAGGGCUGUUUGCUAAAGCCCCUGAAGUGCCUGACUGUGGCUGCAGUUGGUGUCCCACACUCUAACAUAAGCUUUAUGGGUUCUUCUCAUUCAGACUGCAGCUAAGAAAUGUUCACAAUAAGAGGCUAAGCAGUUGACACUUAUGAAUUGAUAGCAUGCUACUGUUCGUGUGAUAAACUAUUCAAGCUUGUGGUGCCAUCUGAUUCCCUGAGUUUCAUUUGUGUAAUGCAGCAGGGUACUGUUGUCACUGAGAACAGCCCGUUCUUAUGUACAAUAUGCGUGUCUUUUAUGGAGCCCACCCAAGGACAAAUUAGAAGAUGGUUCAUUGCUUCCAUUUCCUUUUUCUCUUUUGCUCCUUCUGUAGCUUGAAUUUUGGUGGCCCAUAGAGGAUCACGUCAGUCAUUUUGAUGUUGUUUUAUUUUCUGGGCUGCAUUUCAGAGAGUGGCCUGGAAUACAAGAUGAUUGAUCUUGUCCUUUGUGUUUGGUAGACAUUUCUGUGUCUCCUAGACCAGUGAGAAAGGCUUUAUUGAGCAGCCCCUGUGCUCACAAAUGAUGCUUGUCUCCAUUACUGGCCUCUGUAAAAAUAAGACUGCUGUAAAUACUCAGGCCUUUGGGAUGUGUUUUCCUGUCCUCCCAAGUGACAAAAUAGGCCCACUGCACAGGGCUGUUAAAAGAAUUUUACUAGGGUGAUGCAUCUGAAAAUACUAAAUAACAUGCCUUGCUUGUCCCAAGCAUGAAGCACCAAGAUGUGUUCAUUCUUCACAGUCUAAGAGAGAAGGUGUCAUGUCUAUAAAUACUUCUAGUACCAGGCAGGAGAUGUUGGGAUAAGGAGCUUUGGGAGUUUAGCGAGGAUAAUUCUACAUGGGUCAAAGCAUUUUCAUGGCAUUUUAGCUGGCUGUUACAAGAGGGGGAGGAUUUAGCAUGUAGAGAUAACCAGGGCUGUGAUAUUUCUUCCUGGUUCUUGAUUGAUCUCUCCUCUCACUCUCCUAUGCAUGUUUUCUGUGCUGUCCAGUGCUUCUCUUUUUCUGGCUUUGUCUAUCCUAAUCUAACUUUUGACUGCAUGUAAAUGUCAUAAAAGGAUUUUUGUCCCCAUUGUUUACUAGCUUACUGUUUUCAGACUUCCCAAAGGCAUAGACAACAUGAAUAUGUUGAUUUAUUUCUUUUUCUUGAGACAAGGUCUCACUAUGUAUCCCUGGCCUGUCUCUGCCAGGGUGCUAAGAUUAAAGGUGUGAAUCACUACACCAGUGCCAAAUACAGUGAUUUUUUUUUUACUUAUGUUUUACUCAUUUUUGCUCCUUAAAUAACUGCUGUCAGUAGCUAGGUACAUUAGUCAUAUGGUGUUGGUUUGCAGGAACCUAGGGUUUUUUUUUUUGGGGGGGGGACUCUUAAUAGAAGUAUUCAUCUCCCAUAAAAUCAAGAGUCUCUUCCUAGAGAAAAAAAAAGGCAUAGUGUGACAUUUUGUUUUUCACAUUGACUGUGGGGAUCCAGGGAUCCUGUGACCAUUGUUCACACAGCUGCAUCCACCUGUGUGAGUCACCACCAUGGAUCCUUUUAACAGCAGAACAGUUUCUACUAGCUUCUGAGACUCUGAUCAGAAAAUUGUCUCAUCCUGCAUGAGAUACGUUUUUGGAGAAGCUGUUUUCUGCUAACACAGAGACUAACCAAACUGAAAUCUGCAAUUGUAGUAUUCCCUCCUUAUUUAGCUUCAAAGUCACAUAGCCUUCACCAGGUCCUAUUUUAAGCACUUCACACUACUAUUAAAUCAGAUCUUUUCUCUCUUUUAGGUGUCAAUUGUAGCAAAAUUUUAAUACCCUUUAAAUCUCUGCACUAAACUUUUGAACCCGAGAGGGACACAUCUGAUAUUAAGAGAUACUAGAACAUACGUAGUUAAUGGUGUUGUAGAAUGCAUUUAGUUUUGGGCAUAUGUUCAUUAAGUGGCUGCAUGGUUAUCCUUUUGGACUCUUAUUAAAAUUUACUCAAGGAUUCUACAUUGGGUUUGAAAUGAAUUAUUUUUUUAAUGUAGUUGAGUCCUCUAUGCUGAUGUGUUGGAAGCUAGGAAGUCUCUAGUAUUAAAUAACUAUCUCUGAUACAGUGUCCAGGAUGAUUCUGAUACAACAUUUGCUUCCAAAAAUAGGAGCCCAUGGGAUUAUUUUGUUGUUUGUUCUUCUGCAUUUGGGCUCCCACAAGUGGCAGUUUGUUACAGGGGAAGAUUCUGUCUUCAGGUCUAUGAGCAAGAGUUGCUCAUCCAAGUGGGCAGCUCAGUGAGGCAUGGGUUACAGAUGCCGGCUCUCCCUAGGGGGCCCUGGCUACUUUCAUAACUGGUUGAUGUUUUCCUUUAGGCCAACUCUUGUCUAGAACAUAAAAAAAUCAACAAAAUAGUGACUUUGUAAAAUUUUCGAACCUGUUUAUAUGUCUUCUUUCAGAAGAGACAAAAACAGAGAAUUCAUCAAGAAAACACACACACACACACACACACACACACACACACGAGUGCAGAUACAGUUUGAUGUAUCUGAAGGAUAGACAGGAAAUAGGGAUGAGAAACUUUGAUGUUGUUCUAUUCUUACUCCAGCGUUUCUCAUUUAGCGUCUGCUUUCCUUUGCUUUGGGUAAUGUUUGCUUUAUUUACAGGUCUGGGUUCCUGUGGUACUGAAGGAACAGUUGCACUGAGUACUGAGUGGUACUCUCCAUUUGACUAAUUUACUGAUUAUAGUUUUCAGACAGCUGUAAGAAAGGAUUGUCACUGGGAAUCUGUGCAGACAUUCAUAAGCCAGACCAGGACAUGGUUCUCGGUAUUUAUGAUUCAUCAUGAACAACACUAUGCUCUGUGAGAAAGCAGGAGCUGCAGCCAUCAAAGUCACUGAGUGGCCUUUUAUGUUGUGCUGAUACACUGACAGGGGACAGUUUCAAAUUGCUGCCCAGCUCUAUGUUGGAUUACAAGCAAAUAGGAGAGAUUUUUGAAUAAAAUUUAAUGCAGCAAAACAACAACAACAACAAACAAACCACCUCAUUCUGUUUAUUUUAAUAUAGGUCAUUUUGGAGGAAGUAGCCAACAUUUUUUUUUCUUUUUUUUUUUUUAAAUUAAAUAAUGUUUAUUCACAAUAACAUUAAAAUCGUUAGGGAUAAACUAAAAUGACCUAUAAAAGGUAAAUAGUGAACAUUGAAAUACAUUGGAAAGGGAAACGCGAGAAGUCAUUGAAAUACACAACAUUUUUUUCUUUUGGAGUUUUUAUAACCAGAUAUGUCAAAGAGAUUUUACUGUAUCUUCGCCUUUGAAUAAAGUUAGAUUCCAAAUGUGACUUGUUGGAGACCUCUGAGAGCUACAUAUGUUUGUUAGCUAGAAGAAAUUAUAGUUCAUAGUAAAUUACCCAAAGGAUCAUCAUAGCUAGUCAAUAGUUGAAAUUAUUUCAGUUUUUGACAUAUUGAAAUAAACAAAGUAAAAAUUGUCUGUUUGAUUUUGUUUUCCCUAUGGUGGUGCUCCUCAGAGUCUACAGUUCUACAAUAUGCUAAUGAACACUAAAUUAGAAUAAAACCCAAAAUUACACACACUCACACACACACACACACACACACACACACACACACACAAACACCUGUCAUCAAUGUCAUAACUUCAGUCAUAAGGACCUGUAUGUGCUUAAUGUUCUCAGGUUAUUGGUGGUUUCUGCUUCCUGGAGUCUGGUGGUGAGCUGGUUAGAGAACUAUUCCAUUAAGGUAUUGGGGCUGGUGAUUGGAGCUUUGAUCACUUUGUUGUGCAUUGGAAUAUUCUAUAUGGCUUUUCAGAAAGUUCUUGGCAAGUAAGAAGUUGAAGACUCAUGCUAUAAAGCCUAAUGUUGAAUGGGAACUGUUCAUGGAGGAUGCUCAGUUAUGCCUACCAUUUAAACCUCUGUUCAUCUCAGCACUUCUGCACCCAGCUUAGGACAAAAUCUUAGCUGAAUUUCAAUAUGAAAACUUAUCAGUAACUAAAAGAGGAUUUUAAUUACAUAAAACUAAGAUAAUAAAUUAUUUGCAUUUGUUCUACUUCCUUCAUUUCAUCACUCUUAUCUGAAAUGAUGUUGGUAGAAUUAUUUGAAAGCUCUGGUCUGAGCACACUAGGAACAAUAGACAUACUUGGUUAAUGGAGCCUACCCUGGUCAUGAGAAGGGAAACAGCCUAGAAACUGGGCUGCAUAUUUGGUAUUCAUGAAAAACACAGUUAUCUCUAAAGUCAAUGACAAAUGUAGCGUUUGAUUUUUGUGAUUUUAUCUGCUAAAAUUGUUACACAUCUAACUGUUGGGUUUUUUUUUAACUGUUGGGUUAAGGCUGUUAUAAAAAUGAUUUUAUUCAAGUGCUAAUUUAUACUCUUUAGUAAUAAUUUUUUAGACUCUAUAAAUGGUCCAAGAUUCAAAUUCAAUACUCUAUUGUCUUGAUAAAUGCAAUGCUAUGUUCUUUAAGUCUAUUCCCUCUGCUAAGUAAGAUCUGUUGCUUCUCAAAUUCUUCACUUACAAAUUCUUCAGAAAGGUCCUAUUACAGUGAAUUUAAAACUUACAUGCAGUUAGAAAUCCCUACUUGUUUGCAGCCGAUGUAGUCAUUAAAAGUCUUUCUUCUUCAGAAGGUUGAAUCCUCAUUUCUGUAGUCUGAUUACAGUGAAACUCCAGAGUUAUCCUUGGUCAUAUCUAAAGAUUUAAAUUAAUUGUUUCUAAAUCAUAUUUUCAUCAUAUUAUUGAGACUAUGUAAAUAACAAUCUAGUACUAUAAAUAGAAAGACAUUUCUUUUUCUGUUGGACACACUCAGUUUGCCAGAACAGGACAGAUUCAGCAUACUAUAGAUGACCAGUACUUAAAAAAAUAUGAAUGAAUUUGGGUUCUGCAAUGAUUUAUUUAGCUGUAAAUUACAACCUUUUGAGUGACAUAGUACCUGCAGGGUGCUUGUGUAUGCUCGUUGUACAUGUUUCUGUGCUAAUGCUGGUACAUUGUGGUUUUGAUUUCAGUGUAUUUUCUUGUCCCUGUUAUAAAUUCAAACUAUGGCUUUUCCAUCUUGGUAAUAGAGUUAGGACAUCGACCUGGGAUGUAGUACCCUCAAUUGUGAGUUGUAUGUAAUCACUUGGACUUCCUUUAUACAUACUCAUCUCUUCUUACAUUUAAAUGAAUGGCUCUGACUGUUAUUAUAAGGUAUGUAUCAUAGCUAUGUAAUGUGAAAAUUCAACAUCAACCAUAGCUCUGCUGUAAAUUCAGCACUGUUGCUGUAUAAUUAAGACUCUGCAUCUGAAGACAAUAAAAACCUAAAUCAAAGAUGUGUACA